UGAGUGAGCAAUGGUUCAGGUGGGAACUGCUUCAUGGGUUUGGAGCAAGUCUUUGGGGCAGAAGUGUGUCCUUUAAGGUCACUGCUGGGUAUUUGAAGAACUGUGAUGCUCAACAGAGACACGCUUCCACGUCAGCAGUGACACGUCAUCCAGCUGUAGGGAAAACAGCCCAUCCUCGCCAGAGCCCUCCUCAGCAUGCCCAGGCAGCCCAAACAUUCCCUGGACCCUCCCUGUGCUGGCUUGGGCUCUCCAUUGGGACAAAUCCUCAAGGAUCGUUUUGUCCCCCUCUGAACAGCCAGUGGGUCACGGAUGCUGCAGCCCCUUGGAAAGGCAUCAGGGAGGUGACACACGGGACCCAGGAGAGGUGACACACAGGACUCAGGAGAGGUGACACACAGGACUCCAGAGAGGUGACACACGAGACUCCAGAGAGGUGACACACGGGACCCAGGAGAGGUGACACACAGGACCCAGGAGAGGUGACACACGGGACUCCAGAGAGGUGACACACAGGACCCAGGAGAGGUGGCAGCGGGAGCCGGCAGUGACGAGCAGUGAGCGGGGCACUGGUGACUGCGAGGACCCUGUUGGUGCCCAGGACAUCCCUGCACCCUGCUGGAGUGAUGCCAGCUGCUGCUUAGCACACAGGAGGACAGGAUGGGGAGUCCCCCUCCUUGAACACCCCACUGUCCCCUCCCGUGCUGGCUCCCCUGGCCCCGGGAGCCCGCAGUGAUGUGACGUGUGCUCAGUACACCCCCAGCCCCAUCGGGACCCUCCCCCAGCCAGCCCAGCCAUGAUGUGCGAGGUGAUGCCCACCAUCAGCGAGGGGGACCCGCUGGGCCCCCCACAGGGCUCGGAGGCGGACGCUGACUUCGAGCAGCUGAUGGUGAACAUGCUGGACGAGAGGGACAAGCUGCUGGACACCCUGCGGGAGACGCGCGAGACGCUCGCUGUCACCCAGAGCCGCCUGCAGGAGACGCUCCGGGAGCGGGACCAGCUCCAGAGGCAGCUGAACUCGGCACUCCCGCAGGAGUUUGCGACGCUGACGCGGGAGCUCAGCGCCUGCCGGGAGCAGCUCCUGGAGAGGGAGGAGGAGAUCUCAGAGCUGAAAGCCGAGCGCAACAACACCCGGCUCCUGCUGGAGCACCUGGAGUGCCUGGUGUCACGGCAUGAGCGCUCCCUCAGGAUGACCGUGGUCAAGCGGCAGGCCCAGUCGCCAUCUGGGGUGUCCAGUGAGGUCGAGGUGCUCAAGGCACUCAAGUCACUCUUUGAACAUCACAAGGCGCUGGAUGAAAAGGUGAGGGAACGCCUGCGAGCAGCCUUGGAGCGAGUGGCCACCUUGGAGGAGCAGCUCGUGGAUGCCCACCGGCAGGUGGCAGCUCUGCAGCAAGGCUCCGCCCGGGAGCCUGCGGCAAGUGAGCGCGAUGAGAGGGAGCCCAAGGAACCAGCCCCGAAGCUUCCAUGGAAGCGCCUCUCCAAUGGCUCCGUCCACCCGGACGACGAGGCUGGGCGGGUGGUGGAGCUGCAGGAGCUCCUGGAGAAGCAGAAUUUUGAAGUGGUCCAGGCCAAAGAGCGAAUCUCUGCCUUGGCUGCCAGUGUGGCUGAGCUGGAGGAGGAUCUGGGCACUGCCAGGAAGGAUCUGAUCAAAUCUGAGGAGAUGAGCAGCAAGUACCAGAGAGACCUCCGAGAGGCCCUGGCACAGAAGGAGGACAUGGAGGAGAGGAUUACCACACUGGAGAAACGGUACCUGGCAGCCCAACGAGAGGCCACCUCCAUCCAUGACCUCAAUGACAAACUGGAGAAUGAGUUGGCCAACAAGGAGUCUCUGCACCGCCAGUGCGAGGAGAAGGCGCGGCACCUGCAGGAGCUGCUGGAGCUGGCGGAGCAGAAGCUGCAGCAGACGAUGAGAAAGGCGGAGACGCUGCCCGAGGUGGAAGCGGAGCUGGCCCAGCGCAUUGCUGCGCUCACCAAGGCAGAAGAGAGGCACGGGAGCAUCGAGGAGCACCUCCGGCAGCUGGAGACUCAGCUGGAGGAGAAGAACCAGGAGCUGGCCAGGGCGCGGCAGCGGGAGAAGAUGAACGAGGAGCACAACAAGCGGCUCUCGGACACCGUGGAUCGGCUGCUGAGCGAGUCCAACGAGCGGCUGCAGCUGCACCUCAAGGAGAGGAUGGCAGCCUUGGAGGAGAAGAAUACAUUGUUACAAGAGCUGGAAAAUACCCAAAAGCAGAUAGAGGAACACCAGCAUGACAAGCGGCGUUUGUCUGAUGAGAUCGACAAGCUGAGGCUGGAGGUGGAUCAGCUCAAGACCAGGAGUGGGACAUUUGUGGAGAGUGUGCAUACCAGGUCCCACAUGGGCAGUGCCACUGACCUGCGCUUCCCGCUGGGAGCUGUGGUCCACGCCCCAGCUGAGCCCUUCGGAGCAGCUCCGGGGCUGCCCCGGGCACAGAAGGGACGAUUCAGUGCCCGGAGAGAGGAGCCAGCCAAGGACUGGGAGCAGGCCCAGGCAGGUGGGGUCCUGGCCACAGGGCCUCACGCCUUCGACAGCGACCCGGACAUCUCCGACGUGGACGAGGAUGACCGUGAGACGCUGUUCAGCUCCAUGGAUGUGCUCUCUCCUGGUGGGCACUCAGAUGCCCAGACAUUGGCCAUGAUGCUUCAGGAGCAGCUGGAUGCCAUCAACGAAGAGAUCAGGAUGAUCCAGGAGGAGAAGGAGUCCACGGAGCUCCGUGCAGAGGAGCUGGAGACGCGGGUCACGAGCGGCAGCAUGGAGGGCCUGAACCUCACCCAGCUGUGCAAGAGGGCCUCCAUCCCCACCUCGCUGACAGCCCUGUCCCUGGCCAGCUCGUCCCCACCUCUCAGCGGCCGCUCCACGCCCAAGCUCAGCUCCCGCAGCGCUGCGCAGGACCUGGACCGCAUGGGGAUCAUGACGUUGCCCAGCGACUUGAGGAAGCACCGGAGGAAACUGCUAUCACCCGCAGCUCGGGACGAGAGCCGGGAGGACAAAACCACCAUCAAGUGUGAGACAUCCCCGCCCUCUUCACCCAGGACACUGCGGCUGGAGAAGCUGGGCCACCCUGCUCUGAGUCAGGAGGAUGGCAGGAGCUCACUGGAGGACCAGGCUAGCAAUCCCAGCAGCAGCCAGGACUCCUUGCACAAGGGCUCCAAGAGGAAGGGGAUCAAAUCCUCCAUCGGGCGCCUGUUUGGGAAGAAAGAGAAGGGUCGUUUUAACCAGCUGAGCAGAGAAGGGGCCACGGGGCAGGUGCUGCUGACUGAUGUGGAGGGGGGCAUCCAGGACCCCCUGGGACUGGGCAAGCUGGGCGCUCAGGCUGAGAAGGAUCGGCGCCUACGGAAGAAGCAUGAACUCCUGGAAGAGGCUCGGAGGAAAGGAUUGCCCUUUGCCCACUGGGAUGGCCCCACUGUUGUGUCCUGGCUGGAGCUCUGGGUGGGGAUGCCAGCCUGGUACGUGGCUGCGUGCCGGGCCAACGUCAAGAGCGGGGCCAUCAUGUCAGCCCUGUCGGACACCGAGAUCCAGCGGGAGAUCGGCAUCAGCAACGCCCUGCACCGCCUCAAGCUGCGCCUGGCCAUCCAGGAGAUGGUGUCCCUCACCAGCCCCUCGGCGCCGCCCACGUCCCGCACGUCCUCUGGAAAUGUCUGGGUCACCCAUGAGGAGAUGGAGAACAUGGCAACUUCCACCAAGACGACAUUGGCCUAUGGGGACAUGAACCACGAGUGGAUUGGGAACGAGUGGCUGCCCAGCCUGGGCCUGCCCCAGUACCGCAGCUACUUCAUGGAAUGCCUGGUGGAUGCGCGCAUGCUGGACCACCUCACCAAGAAGGACCUGAGGGUGCACCUCAAGAUGGUGGACAGCUUCCACCGCACCAGCCUCCAGUACGGCAUCAUGUGCCUCAAGAGGCUCAACUACGACCGCAAAGAGCUCGAGAGGAGGAGAGAGGAGACCCAGCAUGAAAUCAAAGAUGUGUUGGUGUGGACCAAUGACCAGGUCAUUCACUGGAUCCAGUCCAUUGGGCUGCGCGAGUACGGCAACAACCUGGUGGAGAGUGGUGUGCACGGGGCCCUGCUGGCCCUCGAUGAAAACUUUGACCACAACAGCCUGGCCCUUGUGCUGCAGAUCCCCACCCAGAACACCCAGGCUCGACAAGUGCUGGAGAGGGAGUUCAACAACCUGCUCGCCUUGGGCACGGACCGGAGGCUGGAUGAUGGCGAUGACAAAACCUUCCGUCGGACGCCGUCCUGGCGCAAGCGCUUCCGCCCACGGGACGUGCACAGCAUCAACCUGCUCAGCGGCUCUGCUGAGACCCUCCCUGCCGGCUUCCGUGUCACCAGCCUCGUGCCACUGCCCCCUCCAGCUGCUCCAGCCAAGAAAAUGCCCCCGGAAGUCAGUGCCUCCGGGUCCCCAAGGCUGGAGACCUCCACGGUCCGGACGUACUCGUGCUGAGGGUCAGUGAGAUGGGAGCCAAGCCUUGGCAAACCUCCAUGUCUGUACGCCAUGUGCUGGCUGCCUUCCAGGACGAGAGCCCAGCCUGUGCCUGUUCCUCGGCCCCGACUCACAGACUGUCACUGCUGUGGACCGACAAGAUCUGUCCCUCCUGCUCAUGCACCCCCUGCUUCCCCCGGCUCCCGUGGCUCCCACUAUGGCCUGUCCCCCACUUCUCCUGCGCUGGCUGGGCCAUGGAUGUGCUCCAGAUGCCAUCCUGGCAUGGUGCAAUUUGGGGAGCAGCACAGACACCCCCAAAGUGUCUGCGGUGUUUGGAAACCUCUCUCCUGCCUGGUUCAUGUUGCCAAUCUGCCACGGGGCUGCACUCACUUGCCUGAGCCCGGGGCAUCAGGGAUGCUGCUGCCCACAGGACUUGAAGCCAAGGAAGAUUCAGGCUCGUGAAAAUCCUGCCUCCAGGGUGGCCGGGCAAG